UAAAGCAAUGCUUUGAACCAGAAAUGAGAACGUUCGUUUUAUUUAUUAUUGUUACGGGUUCUCACGUUUACGGCCAAAAUGAUGGAACUCUUGGCAAAAUACUGGCCAGACGUAAGCGUGAUGCGACUGGUGCCUUGGACAUACUCACCAACCACGCCCAGCCGAUUCAUGCGGAUGUUAAAUAUGACCACUCUACUGUAGACAAGCCAUGCCCGAAAACUUACGUAGGAAACUUUCCGUCCAAUAUCGAACCGGGCACCGUGUUUCAGGUGGCACCACCAAAAGACGCCAUCUACAAAGGAAAAUCAUUAAGAAAGUCCCUCCCACGCACUACGGGGUUGGACAUAGUACGCGCUGUAAGCAGAGUGGUUACCUUGAUAGCUCUAGUGUUCACCGCAGUAGUGGAGUUCUACCCUCUGAUACGUCGCCUGUAUUACACCGUAUACGAUUUUAUGUAUCCCAAUAAAAUGAAUUGAUUUCAGA